AUGAGCAGACGGCGCCGACGGUCGACUGUCCGGGGAUUGUCGAGGCCCGCGGUCCAGGAUUACUGGAGCACAAGCUACAACGCCAGCGCAUCCUCGUCACAUCACAGUCUUGUUACAGAAGACAGCAGUACGUUUGACGACAGCGCAGACGAUGACAAUGGUAGCCUUGUUAUUGUCAAUAUUCCGCAAAAGCUCAGCGAAUCCCCGCAUGUCGUCAGGAGUGAAUCCCCCGUAGUCAUACAAGAGUCUCCUGUCGCUCCACAUGCCGUCCAGGAGCGCAGCGCCACGCAUACAAGAAGUGUGUCGACGAUCCGUCACUCGCACUCGACACACGUCCAUAGAAAACAAGUAAACCUCCUCCCAAAAUCAUUUACAUUUGCACCCUCCAUUCCCAGUUGGAGCGCACAGGUCGACGUCCGCAAGUUGUGCGAACACGUUAUUCUAUUCACCGCAGCCGCCAUCACCCUCGUCAAGUUUUCUCUGUUGCCGCAUGAGCACUGGAUCGUGAGAGAGCUCGGGACACUUACCGUCGUUUCUGCGCUUUACAUGAUCGCCACGCGUCCCCGCUGCAAGCUCCCACAAGUGGUCCCUCAUGUAGAGCAGGGCCCCCGUACAAGACAUGUUUCCCCACCCCCCGUCAAGGAGGAAUCGUCCCAGUCACUCCUAUGGAUGACGACUCCAAAAGACUAUCGAAGUGAUGCCGACGACGGCGUAUUAACCGCCCUGCUUCUCGGACCGAUCACCGCAGCCAGCAUGCUGUACGCAACCAUCCUUACAGACAUCUCUGACGGUCCAUACUAUCCAGCAGGAUGGCUCGUUGACCCUCCACUCUACCUCUCAAAAUCCCCUCAUAGACUGACGCCCCGAGAGGCGCUUCUCAAUAGCCGCAGAAGCCUCGUACAAUUCUCCACACUUUGUGCAUUUGUACUUCUUACGCACCUGUGUACCUCGAACAUUACCACGAUUCGACCCAAACACGACGACCCCAAAGAUGGAGAACGAAGAAUGAAACGAGGUCUACGCUCCUGGGCGUUUGUCGGCUACGCCAUAUCAAUAUCUGCUAUAUCAGUCCUGUUCCAUGUCGCUUGUGAUGCUAUGGAACUAGCAAUUUGGAAAGAUCUUUCUUAUUUCGACGUGGCCGUGAUAUCUUCUUUCUAUCAGUUUGCUGUCUAUGUCAUGAUUCGACUUUCUCAUGGCGGGUUUACCUUGGGUGAAGUUGGCUUGGUCGGAAUUGGGACAACUGCCCUGUUUAUGGAAGUAAUAAAUCUGACAAUCGCAAAAAUAUGGCCCAUCGCCACUCCAUACAUCAAAACGACGCGCUACCCAACGCCGUUACUCAUAUACCAACUCUCCCUUGUUUCCGGAUCCAUCUCCAUUGGCUUCAUGCUCUCUCCCCUCCUUGUUCUUUCACGCCACAUCUCCAAAGUCCCGACACAUCGUCUCCAACGCACUUCGGAUAAACGACAUACAAAGCCAGUAGAAAGAGAGACUCAAAGAAAGGCACUCUCCAUUUCGUUCUUCCUCUUUUCGCUUGUCAUCAUCUUUGGCCUCAUUGGAUUCUGGGCUCAGUGGUGCCUAGGCGGGAAGAAUCCCUGGAUAUGGAUUCUCCUGUGGCUGACCCAAGGCAAGACUAAAUGGCUCCGACCAGCCAUGCUCGUCUACUGGGCUGCCCUAGGCUCAUUUAGCGUCGGCGCAUGGGGACGACAACUCUCUCGCUCGAGACGCUACCACGCGAGCAACAUGGCAAUUCACGGUACUGGUAUCCCACCCGACCCGGCCUUUGCAUCGAGCGAACUCCCUCCUGCGCCCUCGACGCCGACAAUGGCGAAUGGAUUCGCCCAUGUCGCGACGGAUCUUCUCGACGCGGCGGAUCGACGCGUGCCGACACUUAGCUUGAACGCGAGGCGCAAGAGUUUUCAUGCAUUGGCGAUCUUCAUGUUUAUGCCUGGGAUUAUUCUCGAUCCUGCAUUUACCCAUUUCUGUCUGAGCGCAGCAUUUGCGCUCUUUGUCUUUGCAGAGUACAUUCGAUACUUUGCGCUUUGGCCUUUUGGACGCAUCCUCCACAUCUUUCUCAACGAAUUUAUCGACUCCAAGGACAGUGGCUCGGCGAUUCUCAGCCACUUUUAUCUCCUGACCGGCUUUGCAAACUCGUUGUGGCUCGAAGGGCCAUGGAGAUUGCUCGAGUUUACUGGUGCACUUUCCCUUGGAAUCGGCGACGCCAUGGCGUCCAUUAUCGGACGAAGACGAGGAAGGACGCGGUGGAUGGACGGAAACCCCAAGACUGUCGAGGGUACACUCGCCUUUCUCGUCAGCGUCCUCGCGUCCAACAUCGUCUUGCGUCUUGUCGGCGUCGUCGAACCGUUUUCGCUUUGGAGAUAUACACUUGUCCUCGGCGCCGGCUGUUUAUUAGAGGCAGUCUCGAACCAAAAUGAUAACCUCACCAUUCCCCUAUUCAUUUGGAGCAUGACGGUUCUUUCAGAUGUUGUACGCUAG